AUGACCGCUGGCUUCCCAGGCUCAAUAAAUGGGACUGAGGGUCAGAGGGGAAGCUCGGCCAACAUCCCACAAAGCAAUUCGUCAUCAUCAGGGCGCUCAAGGACGCCACAGAGAGGGACUCCACCACAGCAGUAUCGUCAUUUGAGAGCUCCCAGUCCAGAACCUUACGGGAGUAGUGAUCCUGAGGCUGAGAUGAGGGAUCUCUUUGACGAGGGUGGUAGGCUAUCGCUUGGAGGUCCCUUCAAGGCAUCCGACUCUUCUGAAACAUCGAAGGCUAUGGAGGAGACGAGGUCCUUGGGCCUCAGCCUCCUAAAUGUGGCACUUGAGACUGGUGGCGCUGAUAUGUGUAAUCAUGAGGCGUUGAUAUCUGUUAUACAGAAUGAUAUCUGCAAGGCCCUCCUUAUGAACUCUACUGCUAAUGAGAGCCUCAGGGUGCUGUCGGCUACACUGAGGGCGGUAUUCAAUCUCUUCCAGCAUUUCAAGAGACAUCUAAAGGUCCAGUUGGAGAUCUUCUUUACGAGUAUUCACCUCAAGAUGGUGCCCGCAGCAGGGAGUAGAUCAAUGGAACAGAGGGAGCUAGCUCUGGAGUCCCUACUGGAGUUCUGCAGAGAACCUGAGCUUAUGGUAGAGCUAUAUGAGAACUAUGAUUGUGAUGUCCACUGCACCAACCUCUUCGAAAGGUUGGUCAAACUCCUUAUGAGUGUUGCUACCGAUACUCAGUCGGCUACUGAUGAGGAUAAGGGUGUAGGAGAGGCAUCAUCACCAGCGGUGCAGAAUGAGAGGAAGAAGAACCUUUCUACUAUGGCAUUGAAUGGUCUAUUAGCUAUAGUCAGGGGUAUUGCAGUCCGUACUGAGCAGGCGUCUAAGGAGCUAUCCACACAGGGCAAUCUACCACUCCUAACUCGUACGGAUACGCAGCCUCUGGAUGUGGAUGAUACAGUACAGCAAGGGGCUAAACUAGAGCUGAGGAAGGAGCAGAAGCGUCGCUUGGCCCUAGCUGCUCAGGCCUUCAAUUCGAGCCCUUCCAAGUGUGUUCCUACAUUGCAGUCAUUAGGGUUGCUCUCUGAUCCCGUCACGGCUAAGGCCUUCGCACACUUCUGUCGCCAUACUCCUGGCCUCGAUAUGAAGAUACUGGGGGAGUUCCUAGCCAAACGGCAGGACUUCAAUGGCGAGAUCAGGAAGGAGUUCAUGCACUCCUUCAAGUUUGCUGGUAUGCCGGUGGUAGAGGCCCUCAGGCUAAUGUUGGCUACCUUUCGACUGCCUGGCGAGGCUCAGGAGAUCGAGAGGAUCGUCGAAUCGUUCUCUCUCGCUUACUUUGGGGCUCAGCAACGAGCUGCGUCUGAGGAGGGUCCAGAUGCCAGACUGGUAUACAGGGAAUGUGAAAUGGAUGCUGACGGCAAUCCUACAGAUCCU